GUUUUCAGAGAGCGUGACAGAAAGAGAGAGAGAGGAGAGAGAGAGAGAGAGAGACAUCCCUGAUACACAUCAACUAACAGGCGAGGUUGAGACGGGACACACGAAAAGAGAACAGAGAGAAAAAAACCUGGUCACAUUUCUCAGGCACCUGAAAACGUGCUGGUUUAUUUUAGGACGCGUGUUGCUUAUUGAUGAGUGGAGGAGUGUUUAAACUACUUCCACUCUGCUCAUGUUUUAAUGGUGAGUGUACAUGGUUAAGCAGCUGGAUGCUUUUUUUUUCUGUGUGUGUCAUUUAGACAAACCAUAUCCAAGUGAUAUCUCUGAGCAGCACAGCCUGGCGUCAUAAGGUGCGCGCAGACGGGAAGGAGAACCGAGCAAUCGACUCACCUUGGAAGUUAUUUAUUAUUUUUUUUGCUCCAAUUUCCUCUUUUGAAAAAAUAUUUUUCACUUUUUUUCAAAUUCUUCGCUUGUUCUCAAGAACCCAAACCACCCAAUGCCCUGUGCACACUCCUGCUGGUCUGAGCUUUUGGAUACACUCUUUAUGCCUUGGCAGUUCAUGACUCUUUCACCCAUAUCAACGAAACUCCUCGGUGGCACGCAGAGGCAGCAUUAAAGAAAAAGAAAAGAAAAGAAAGAAAGAAAAAGCGUACUAGAGUUUAAACGACACGGAACACAAAGUGAACAACAUCGAUCUACUGGGAAAUAUGGACAACAGCCCCGGUGGUGGUGUCAUCUUGUAUGCUGGUUCGUCCGGCAGUGCCAGCCCGAGUCCUGGCAGCCCUUCAAGUGGAUACCAGACCCAGUCGCCCUCCUCCCACUCGCAGCCUUCAUCCCCAGAGGGUGUCUCCUUUCAGGAGAUUGGGGCCCUGAAGCAGAGAGGGGAACAAGGGGGAGGAACUCCUUCCCCGCGAAUGGUCUUCCAGUUUCCUGAAGUAAACAAUGCUCCCGUUUCGCAAAUAACGACGGUAUCAUCGGCAACCUACAAUCAUCCCACAGUGGCCAAGAGACCUUGUGGCUUCACUGGCACAUUCACCAAGACCGGAGGUAUGGUGCUUCUGUGUAAGGUGUGUGGGGACAUUGCAUCUGGUUUCCAUUACGGUGUACACGCCUGUGAGGGCUGCAAGGGUUUCUUCAGGCGCAGCAUUCAGCAGAAUAUCCACUACAAGAUGUGCGUGAAGAAUGAAAAGUGUCUCAUCAUGCGCAUGAACCGAAACCGGUGCCAGCACUGCCGCUUUAAGAAGUGUCUCUCCGUGGGCAUGUCCAGAGAUGCUGUGCGUUUUGGGCGUAUUCCCAAACGGGAGAAGCAGAGACUGUUGGAUGAGAUGCAGAGCUACAUGAACAGCCUCAACGAAUCCGCCUCCAUGGAAAUGGAGGUGUCGCCUCCCUCCGACGCCCCCUGCAGUCCACAGAACCAGACGACUGAAGGAGCGGGCUCCGUAUCGCAGUCUUACCGCGGCAAUUUAAUGAACAGUGACGAGAAACCGCUCAAGAUGGCUGCCGGAAACAGCAACGUCGCCACUUCGUCUUUCCAGAACGGUUCAGCGCAGGAGCCUUCCCUGUCGCACUCAGCAACCCAGACUCCAGUUCAAGGGGAGCAGGCGAACCUGACAUCAAGCUACCAUGUCCCUACAACCUGCCCUGUUGGGCCCACCAACAAUGAAAACUCUGCUAACACUAACGUCGAUAACGCCAAGUACAACUUCUCCUCCAAUCAAAAUCAGUGUCCCUUCAGUGGCAGCCUAUCACAUCAGUCCUACUCAGCCAAUCAGAAUAGUUACCCAGCAAGGGAUUCCCAGAACCAAAGCCCUUGCCCCUGGAAGUUAAAUGGAGGAGCCAAAGUGCUGGCGUGUCCACUCAAUUCAUGUCCCGUGGCUCCGGCCAGUCGCUCCAGUCAGGAAGUGUGGGAGUCUUUCUCCCAGUGCUUCACCCCUGCUGUUAAAGAGGUAGUGGAGUUUGCUAAGAGCAUCCCAGGCUUCCAAACACUCAGCCAGCACGAUCAGGUCAUGCUGCUCAAAUCUGGCACUUUCCAGGUUCUGAUGGUGAGGUUCUGCUCACUGUUUGACCCCAAGGAGAGGACGGUGACCUUCCUGAAUGGGCAAACGUACUCACUGGCAUCACUGAGGGCUCUUGGCAUGGGCUCCUUACUGGACGCCAUGUUUGAUUUCAGCGAGAAGCUAGGAUCUUUGGGCCUGGAGCCAGACGAGAUGGCCCUGUUCAUGGCUGUCGUGCUGGUUUCUGCUGAUUGCUCUGGUAUAGUGGAGGUGGGAGCAGUGGAGCAGCUGCAGGAGAAUCUAAUAAAAGCUCUGCGCUCUCUCAUCACCAGUCGCCGCCCAGACGACAGCACCCUCUUCUCAAAGCUGCUGUUACGUCUGCCCGACCUGCGCACCCUGAACAACCAUCACUCUGACAAGCUUUUAGCUUUCCGCAUAGAUCCUUGAGUUCAAAGAGCUAAAAAACUGACUGAGGUAUCUGCUUUGGGGAAACCUCCAUGGUUCCCCAUGCAAGCCUGGCCUGCCACAUACAGUACACUGGCCUAUGCAUGAUGGACAGUUGUUGUGGGAACUGUGCCAAGUCUAACGCUGCGUGGAAAAAAUAUCAGUGAAGGAUGUAGGCACAGUGGGAGGUGGAGGCUCCUGAACUCAAACCGAUUCCUUCUCCAGUUGUUUCCAGGAUUGCUAGAAAAAAAAAACCCCAACAACUAUCAAAACAUAAGAGUUCUUCCUUGGUUUUCUUCAAAUCAACAUCAGACCAUCAAGUCAUCACCUCUCCCUCCCGGAGCUUGUCAUAGCCAGCUUUCUGUUCUGAAGACUAAAAAAGAAGAAAGAGCCUGUUAUUCCUCCCUAGACUUUACCCCCCCCUCCCUAUCCCAGCUCACAAAGCUAACAAGAGGGAAGCACAUCCUCCCGCCCAGAGAAAAAGGAGCAUGUACAAACAUUCACCAAUCAUUCAUCCAGCAAUGACUACUUACAGUACAUCCAUGCUACCGUGUGUAAAAGGGCACUUUCCAUACAUUGAGAAAUCAAUACAUAACAUAGCAAUAGAAAUGUCUGAUACACAGUUUGGGGGGAGGACGUUUGUGUAUGCCCUGUUGAAACGACAUAAGCUAUUUUUCACAACAUGUUGUCAUGUGGGAAAACUUCAUGAAAAAUCACCCAUUUGUGAUUGAGAAAUGUAUAACAUUUUUAAGAAAUGAGAGUAAGUUGCAUUGUAUUUGUAUGCGGUAAUCAGGGAGAAAUUAUUGGUCAUUUUAGACCAUGUCCGAUGGGGUUAUAUGUUGAGGUGUUUUUUUUGUUGUAAAUUUUGUAUAUUACCCUUGCUAGUUUGCAGAUUCUUGGAUUAUGUAAAUGAAGUUAGUAUUGAUGUCACAAAUAAUAGAUUGCUCUACAGACUGCAAAGAGAAAGCAGCAUUUAAACCAUGCGCUCUGAGUAUAAACUUUUUAUUUGAAGAUAUAUAAUUGAAAUAAAUGUAUUGUCGACUGACUGCAUCACCUUGUGAAUAUUUUGUAAAUGUUUUCUGGUUACACCAUAGAGUACCAUUAUUAAAUAACAUUAUAUAG